AUGGACGAUGAAGAGUUUGAUGAAGAAGAAAAGCUAGGAGGAGAAGGAGGAGAGGUACAAGAAAUAUAUCCUUACGGAGAAUACGAAGGUGGAAGAGAUGAUCAAUUAGACAGACAUGGUUUCGGUAGUGCGUUGCUUCCGAAUGGUGACAUAUAUGAGGGCGAAUACCACCACGGAAAGAGACACGGAAAAGGGAUGUAUUGUUUUAAAAAUGGUGCUAAAUAUACCGGUAUGUGGAGAAAGGGAUUGAAACAUGGUAAAGGGGAAUUUAUCUAUCCGGAUGGUACUAGAUAUAUAGGAGAUUGGAAGAAGGAUUUUAAACAUGGUAUCGGUACUUACUAUUACAUCAACGGAGAUACAUACGAAGGUUCUUGGUAUUUGGGUUUUCGUCAUGGGUUAGGAACAUACACGUAUAAAUCGUGUAACGUAACUCAUUUUGGUACAUGGAAAAACGGUAGAAUGGAAGGACCAGGUAUAAUCAAUUAUCCAUAUUACAGAUACCAUGGUCAAUUCGAUAAAAAUCUUCCAAAAGGACCAGGAUGUUUUACUUUUGACGGUAAAUAUAUACAACAUGGUUUCUACGUGAACAUGCGCGAUCCUAAAUUCGAUUAUGUCGGAGCGGAUGAAUUGGAGCUGCAAGAAACAAAUCCAGAUGGUACGGAAUUUAGGGGAAAUCCCAGAGGAAUUGUACCCAUUUGGCGUGCCAGAACCGUAACAGAAUAUAAAGCAGAGCUGCUACCUCCUGAGCCGACGCCGAUUCCUGUUCAGGAAGAAGAAGAUUCAAUGAUUGACAUUAUUGAUUAUUUGCAAAAAUAUGAGGUUACAGGAUAUCCGACCGAGGAAGAAGAGGAAGGUCAUAGAACUUCCCCUGUACCCGAAGGUCUCGUGGUCGAUAUACCCGACAUGGAUAUUUUUGAUCUCUAA